AGGCAUUUUACAGUCCAGAGAAUUAAUUUUUUUAGAAAAAUAAUUGUCAGAAAAGCAUGCUUCAAGGAAGAACAUUAGAAUAAUCAAUACUUGUCGAAAAUCACACGGAUGAUACAGGAAAUCUCAGGGUUGCAGACAGAUAACAUCAAUGCACAGGAAAGCGCAUUAACUAAAAUGACAAGAUGCCCUUUACAGAUGAUGGAGGAAUAGCUUGGCACAUUUUGUUCACUGCCUUUCAAAAGAAGAACAUUAGAUUGAGUCAUGAACAGCUCCAACGAGACUUCUUAUUCCUUUGUUAACAUGGUGAAGACUUCAGUUUACCUGACUGAUUUUACUGUCACUGCAGCAUGCUGUCAUGCGAUAGUAAGUACGGUGCAGCAAGAAUUGGAAUUAAAACGUGAGCCUAGAUACAUCCUCCUGGGCCAGCAUCUCAUCUAUGCAUCUAUAUAUUUUGCUUUGGGCACUCUGACAAAUGGUUUUCGACUUUUCAGCAUCAACUCACCGAAAAUUCUCUGCUGGAUCCUGUUCACAGUGCAAGUAACGUUCGCACAGUGCAUCAUGCUAACUUUAACAUUAAUGUCCUUGAACGCUUGUCUGGCUAUCUGCUGGCCUUUGCGAUAUAAACCACUUGUUGAUUCAGUUAAAAACAAAAUAACUGCAAUAAUGUGGAUCUUAGCAGUGCAGAAUCCAUUGUGGUCAAUAAUAUAUCAAAGUCUGAACGUCUCUUUAGCAAAUAUAAUUGAAAAGGACAACAGCUGUCCCAGUCCAAUGAAUGGUGUUGCUUCAAGGGCAAUCAGAACUGGACACAGUAUUCCAGAA